AUGAGCGCCGACAUCCCAAUCAUUGAUUUCCAGCAGGUGUCGACAUCGCCCGAGACCGUUGCGCGCGAGCUUCUCCAGGCAUGCGCCGACUGGGGCUUCUUCUACGUAAAGAACCACCCUAUACCGCAAGAUGCUGUAGAUGGCAUGUUUGAUCUUGAGAAGAGCUUCUUCGCACAGCCGCUUGAAACCAAACUCCAAGCACCAUAUAUACCAGCCAGAAACGCCGGGUUCAAACCUGCCAGCUCCAACGGUGCCUACGGAUCCUUCAAAGACCCCCGGGAGGCCUUCAGUAUCAACAAAUGGCCGACAGCGGCACAUGCAUCGACGGCCCCCCUCUCACCCGUCUUGGACGACGCGCGAGAGCAGAUCCAAUCGUUCCAGAAACAAGUCCAGUCGUUCACGGGACGCCUGCUCGAACUGAUCGCAGUCGCACUCGGCCUUCCGCGCGACCAGUUCACGGCACAGCACGACCCUGGCGCCGUCAACUUUGACAACUUUGAACUCAUGCACUACCCGCCCGUCGCACCGUCUUCCACGCCGGCAGGAGGACGAGACGGCGACGUCAAGUUUCGCAUCUCCCCCCAUACAGACUGGGGCACGCUCACUUUGCUCUUCCAGAAGUCCAUAGGCGGCCUGCAAGUGCGGCCGCCGCACUACACGGCGCCCGAGCUGGAUUUGGACGGCGAGAUUUGGACCUCCGCGCCGGUCUUCAACGACAUGGUCCUCAUCAACAUCGGAGACAUGCUCGAGUUCUGGACCGCGGGCGCGUUAAAGUCGACGUGGCACCGCGUCGUGCCCACGGCAGCCCACGGCGGAGUCGACAGGUACACGUUUGCGUAUUUCCUGCACCCGAACAAAGAUGCCGUGUUGGUGCCAAUCGAGGCCAUGAAGAGGGACGGCUGGGUCCCGCGGUAUGCCGGCAUAGGACGCACCGCAGAGGAGCAUAUCCACGCGCGCAUCGCCGGCGUGCAUGGAAAGAAGCAGGAAGAUGGCCUGGCGAAGACGGAAAGCAUCCAGAACACGGUCGUGGCCGAAGAGGUGGCGGUGUAG